AAACCCUUACACAAGUCACCUCACAGUCCUGCCCCAUUAUGUCUGUGACAGUCUUGCCAUUGGUAUCAUGAAAAUCGAGCCGACUAGUGUCAAUGACUUCCGCGCUACUUCUCUCCGUCAGGCCGACCCUGCUAUAUCCCGGCAUAUUCCUACAAGAUGGACCAUAACACAGCUUUGCUGGACCACAUACUUCUGGUUAGAAAGGGUCAGUCCACCGUGGCCACCUUCCAGCAGCGCCAACGCCAUUCAUCAGGCUCGCUCUCCAGGCCACAUCGUCAAUCCCACACUCUCCCGGCCCGGGGCCCCGGUACCGGUUCAGUUCCGCCCCCAGUGGACGAUGACUCAACAGAGAUCAUCAAGCAACCCGAAGCUCGCCCCAUGUUCCAGGAGCAGCUGGUGGCUGAAGUCAAAGACAUUUACGCCGGCCUGGUCAUGGUCGAGAGAAAAUGUAUCGAAGUGAACAACAACCAGAGUUCACAAACCGACCCGGCCAACAACUACUUAGAUAGGAUACUAAACGUUGAUAGGUCUCGUCCGAAAAUGUGUACCCAGCUCUGGUAUCAAUAUUCCACAUGCGGUCAUAUAGUAUUUCAAGAAUGGGAGGAGUGUGACGAGCAUGGCCUGGACCAGUGUUCCAACAACUCGACUCGCACAGAGGUGCAGAGCGGCAAGUGUCCAGAAUGUGCGUACCCCACUCCCGACUCAAUGUUGGACAGCCGUGUUGGGGAUUGGCUGGGAAUCCCUUCUUAGUUUAGCAUUGUGCCCCGCUGAGUUUCCAGGCUGCCACUGCACUGUCCGCGCUGAAAUCCGACCCCUUACAGGCGCC